AUGACGAGGCCGUCCAUCAUCAGAGCGGACACCAUCGAUCUUCAGGACCAUCACGCUCCCUCGGCUCAGGAUCAAUCCGCCCACCGAGAUCGACGCCCAGCCGCCCGCGCUCCGCAUCAGGCCGAGACCCUUCGCGACGUCGCCCACAAGACCGCCCAGGAGCAAUCGCGCAGUCCCCGGGCUGCCCUUUCCGCCAGAUACAACGGCCCGCCAUACACCGAUACCGACACCGAUACAGACUCAGACUCGGACACAGACACCGCCAACAUGGACGUCUACCAGCAGCAUCAGCACCAGCAGGACCCGCUGGCCGUGGCCCAGAAUGGCGGCAUGGCCGAUGACGACGACAUCGAGGACGACGGCGACUUGGAUGACGACAUGAUGGAUCGCAUCUCGAGCUCGCCCUCAAUCGAAGAUGGUGCGUGCAGCAACUCUGUUACCGUCACUCCCGUGGCCUGGCCGCGGCGAGUGUCUUCCCUGACCUCCAUCCCUCGGACCCCCUGGGCAUCACUGCACCUGCACCCAAACACUCCAUCUCCUCCAAUCCCUAGCACUAGAGACACAGAUUUCCUGCAGCAGAUUCGAAUUGGGCAUCAUCAUCUUCUUUCGGGUGAGUAUGCCGAAUGUAGCGACCAAUACGAAAACGAAGAUGACGGCGACGAUGACGAUUUUGAUAAUGACGGCGGCUGUGAUGUUGAAGAGGCAGUGGAACACGAUCCCGUGGUGGACGAGAAUGGAGACUGGGCAAUAUCACAAGAUCUAGCUCAUCGGACAUUCGGCGCUAUCGAAGAUGGGAAGACGUAUGAUUAUGCUAUAAGACAUGAUUGUGGCUGUGGCUGUGGCUGUAUCCAUCAAGACGCCUUCAUAUACGAGACCCAAGCCGACAUCGAAGAGGCCGAUACAUCGCUCACGAUACCAUACAACCAAUCCUUUGAAGAAGAUGAUGAUUCUGAUUUCUCCCUCCCCAACGACCCCCGCUUCAUUGACUAUGGUUGGGCAGCAGAGUGCUUACAUGAACCAGAGGAUAUCGAUUUCGAUUUCGUCUAUGCCCUUCACACCUUUGUGGCCACCGUCGAGGGCCAGGCCAACGCGACCAAGGGUGACACCAUGGUUCUGCUCGACGAUAGCAACAGCUACUGGUGGCUGGUAAGAGUAGUCAAGGAUAGUAGCAUUGGCUACUUGCCAGCCGAGCACAUCGAGACGCCCACCGAAAGAUUAGCGCGACUGAACAAACACAGGAAUAUUGAUCUUUCCUCAACCAUGUUGACCGAUACACAAGCCGAUGGAAAACCAAAGACUGGCUUCUCCAUCGGCAUCAAAAAGAAAGCCACUGUCGCUUUUGCAGAGCCCACCUACCACAACUACAACCCUGAUUAUUCUUCGGAUGAGGAAGAUCUCGAUGAGUUGCUAGAGGGAACUCAAGAGAAAAAGGCGGCGCUGUCAGAAGACGACGACGCUGCAGACGAUACUGCCAAGGUGGAACCACUCAAAACCAAAUCUUCCAAGGCCGCCAAGCAACCUGAGCCAACCAAGGAUGAUUCAUCAGACGAUGAAGAUCGGGGCAGCCUCGAUAUUGUGGAGAAGAACGGCCCCAGCAUAUCUCGUAACGGUAAUAUCAGGAACACCGACUCUUUCUUUAAGGACGAUACAGCCGAGACCAAAAAGAUUACCCUUACGCCCAAUCUGUUGCGGGAUGAUGCUCCUCCUCGAGAGUCAUCUGAUUCCAUCGGAUCCAAGUCUCGCACAAGCUUAGACAAGCUCGAAAAGGAGCUCAUGUCGGACAAGGACAGGAAAAAGAACAAGGAUAAGGAUAAGGACAAGAAAUCCGGUGGUCUCCGAGGAUUCUUCUCAAGGAAAGACAAGAAAAGGUCGCCUAAUGACGAUGGGCCGGACGGCGAGCCCCGCGAGAGCGAGGAGCGCCAGUCUGAGGAGCAUUCGUCUCCGGAGAAGGCCAGGCAGCCAGCCAAGCUACAGAAGCCCCAAGCCCGGGUCGAACCAUCCAUCAACGACAAGACUGCCAAUUCCACCGUGGAGCUUGCCUCUUAUCUGGCCGAAAGCCGCAUCAACGAUGUUUCCAAUGUUCCUCCACCUUCGAUGCGCAUCGUCAACCCCGAGACAAACGAGACACACGAGGUUCCAUCGCACCAGCCCCCUCGUGGCCGCCCAUCUUUGGAACAGCCAAUGUCUCCUACUGCACGUCGUGGCGAGGUAGUUCCCAGCCCGAGAGCCGCUGCUGCACCGCGGUCCCCAUACGCCCAUUUGGAUCUAUCCGAUUCGGACGAUUCGGACGACGGCGAAGCCAUCUUGGAUCAGAUGCCCAAGCCAAAGUCAUCAUCCACACUUGCGGCUACCAAUGCUGUCCAAGAGGAAGAACAAGAAGAGCCUAUUAUUCCUCGCUCCUUCCCGGAGAGCCACACUCCGUCUACUGGUGACAAAACUCCCGCUUCCCAGCAACAGACCUCAGCCGGGUCUAGACCCCGCUCGCCUUCAGAGGCAUCUCCCGAGUCACCGAUUGCUCCAUCGGAUCCUCCUGCUCUUAUGGUUGAUACUUCGUCGCCAGAGGAUCGAUCGCCCACUGUUUCGCCCUCUCCUGAGCUAACGCAGCCCGCUGAGGGUAGAUCCAAGAGCAGCUCCUCUUCUACUGGCAGCAAAGAGCAGACUUGGGACGACAUGAAGCUGCGUGCGUUUUUCGACGAGCCCGAGCAUAUUCGUGACCUCUUGGUAGUGGUAUACGACAAGACCGAUGUGGUGCCCGCAAGUAGCGAUCACCCCGUAGUAGGUGGUCUCUUCCGAGAGCAGAAUGCCAAGCUGGCUGAAAUAACAACUCAACUUGAUAACAUGCUUGGGGACUGGCUGGCAAGAAAACAGCGAACUCGUGGAUCCCUCUGAGCCAACGUAGUUUGUUCGAAACCGGCUUUUCCUACGAUUUUUUACAUAAUGUUUGUUAAGAGAGCCUCUUGGGGUUCCAAUUUUUCUUCUUCUCUAUAUCCGCACGUUGAUCGCCGUUUUUGAAAGAAAAUUUCAGCUGCUGGAUUCACGCUCAUCCCAUCACGCAGCGCAUGGCUUGUCGUUUUCCAUUUACAUGAAACUUUUGUCGUCU